GUGAUGAGUGCCGGAGUGCCAGGCGUGUGUCCCUGGCUGAGGUGUAGCGGGCGGGGCUGCAGCUAUCGAGCUGGGUAGGGUGUGUAGGGCAGGGCGGGGAUGUCCGGGAGGCGUGGCCGAGCCUGCCCCUCCACCAAUAAGCUGCAGCCGCCGUCCUCCGCAGAGCCAAUGCGCCGCACCCCCGCCUCCUGACCGCCGCUCGCUCAUUACUAGCAUCCUACUGCAGAUUGGUGUCCCCGAGGAGGCGAGGAGCCGCUGUGCCCGAGCCUCGUCAAAGGAUAGUUCUGGCAACUCAUGUGCACAGGGCUGGCCCUUCAGUCCUCGCCCGUCCUGCGGUGCGGCAAGACAGUGCCCAGUGCCCCGUCGGGAAAUAGUUAAAGUCGUGUUGGUGGAAUGCUUGUGUGUUAAAUAGUGAAAGAACCCUGUGAGUGACCCACACAUCUUCUCAGCAGCCUCUGUCGCAGCCUGCGUGAUGCGCCAAACCUCCGACUUUCCCAACCCCGCCGAGGGCCUCGUCGCCUACAACACUGCCGAAUACUGUCAGCAGGCACCCCCGUUUUACCAUGAGCCACAGGCGGGCCACAGGAUGGCACCACACUAUGGCCUGGCAGGACAGGGUGGCCACAUCAGGAGCCACAUGCAGCCCUCGCCAGGCGGUGCGGCUCCUGAGUCCUGCACGCCGCCCUGCCGGCAGGUGAUGGCGCCUCACUGCGGGACAGCAGGGGCUCACAACAGGUUCUCGGUGGCAGAUCCCUGUGGCGGCGACAUGAUGACCGGGUUGGUGGCGGGCCACCAGCCCAUGGGCGCCUACCCGGGGAUGAACACGAUGGGCCCCCAGAUGAGCCCUCAGGCAGCGAACUUCCCGCCAGGCUACCACGGCGGAGGCUCCAUGCCUGGCACUCAGUGCAUGCCGUCGCCCAUGGCCCCGCCUGACUGCAGGGCGUCAGGUUACCCGGUCAGCUUUGGGCAGGCGGGACCCAUGGAGGCCAGCAGGACGCCCUACGGCAACCCUCACGCUCAGGGCUACGUGGGGCAUCUCUGCGGCGCCUACAACUCGCCCUUAGACAACACUAACGGAUACGAGCGCCAGGUGUUCCGCCCGCCGCCCGCCAUGCCUCAGGGCCAGGUGUUCCCCGAGUACCGCGCGGCGCACUACAGGGACUACCCGCCACCCAUCGAGGACCACCUCCCGCCGGGGUGUGAGGGCCGCCUGCAGGACCAGGGGCACCUCAUCCCCAAGACUGAGCCCGAGGCGCGGCCCGACGUGGAAAUGCAGGACGCCCCACCCAUGAAACUGCCGCGGAAAAGAGGCAGAAACAGCGACAAGCGGAAGGAACAGUCCCGCAAUGCCGCCCGCAGCCGCCGCGAGAAGGAGGGCCACCUCUACAACGAGCUGGCCUCGGUGCUGCCUCUCCCCUCGCAAAGCAUUCAGCAGCUGGACAAAGCCUCCAUCAUGAGGCUCGCCAUCGCCGACCUUGAGGUCCGCGCCGUCUUUGAAACUGGCCUGACGAAGCGCAUCAAGGGCAGCGGCGGGAGCAAGCUGGACCAGGAGAUGGACGAGUACCAUAUGAAGGCGCUGGACGGCUUCCUGCUGGUGGUCAACACGGACGGCCGCGUCAUCUACACCUCGGAGAACAUCGCCACCUUCCUGGGCCACCCUCAGGAGGAGGUGAUGGGCAGCUCGCUCUACCACUACACUAACAUGGUGGAUCACAGCGAGGUGGAGCAGCUCACAUCCUUCAAGAACCCGCACCAGCCCCGCCGCGCUUUCCUCCGCCUCAAGUGCACCCUCACCUCCAAGGGCCGGUCCGUCAACUUCAAGAACGCCACCGACAAGGUGGUGCAGGUGAUCGGCGAGGUGGUGGGCGAGAAGGCUGAGAAGGCCUGGCUGGUGGCGCUGGCUAUCCCGGUGCCGCACCCUUCCUACAUAGAGUUCCCCCUCGACAAGCAGACCUUCCUCAGCAAACACUCGCUCGACAUGAAGUUCAUCUACGUCGAUGCCAACGUGACGAGCUUCUGUGGCUACGAGUCGGACGAGCUUGUGGGUCGCUCCGUCUAUGAGCUCCACCACGCCCUCGACACCAUGCUCAUUCAGGAGGCCUACAAGAACCUGCUGAACAAGGGACAGGUGGAGACCAGCCGUUACCGCUUCCUGGCCCGCGGCGGAGGCUACAUCUGGCUGGUGACACAGGCAACCCUCAUUCAUGGGCCUCGGGAGAACAAACCGCAAUACGUCGUCUGCCUCAACUACGUGGUCAGUGGAGUUGAGUCCAAGGAUGAGAUUCUUUCCGAGUUCCAGUUAAUGUGCAGCAGCAGUAGCAGCAGCAACAACAAUAGUGAUACCAAUAAUAACGAUAACGAAAGAGAAAUUGCCAGCACCAGUAGCACAGCAAGUCCCGCGAAUGUACCCGUGCCCGUGGCCUCCCCAGUGGUGCAGGGCCUGCCUACCCCGCCCUACUCACCUGCCCCUAGGACUGCAGCAGCCCAGAAGGUGAAUGAGAGUCCCAACCCACGCACCAGCACAGCUCCUCUGCCGCCGCCACCCCCUGUUGCCAGCACCUUCAAGAUCUUUGUGCCACGAACAAAGGAUAUGAAUAAAGGUUUCCUAACCUUCAAUAAUAAUGAUCCACACUCCACAGUGCUGAAGGACGAACCAGAAGACCUGACUCACCUUGCUCCAUCGGGUGGUGAUACCUGUGUGCCACUCCCUACACUGAUACCUGACCUGGAAGAGGAGGAUUCAUGUAUGCCCCAAGAUGUUCCCGCAUUCAUACCAAGCCUAGACGAUAUGUUAACUCUAGAAUACCCACUGCAAGUUGUAAACUCUGAUGCUGCCAUACGAAGCCCAAGUGAAGAGAAAAUUGAUGACCAAGACUUGAGCCCCAAGUAUUUGUAUGAGGAAAACCAAAUACAAGGAGUCAAGUCUGCAAACAGCAGCUUAAGUGGAGGGAGACUGUUACUUAACCGGAGCAGGUGCAACACACCAUCACCAGACUGUAGCAGUGUACACUCUAGUGGACUGGGUACACCAGAGCCCCCAAAGCCUCUACUGAGUGAGGCUGCCCUCUCACAGCCCAUCAAAAAACAAUCACCGGUCCCCUUUGGAAGCAGUCAUCCUAGAACCACUACGGAGUCUCUCUUCAUGCCACUAGAUGAAAGCAAUUCUGGAGGCUCCUCAGAGCUGUUCAGUAAACUGGAUCUUAAGUUUGAAAAUCAGAACAUGGACUCUGAUGAAUUUGAAAUGAGGGCACCAUACAUUCCUCCAAGUAAUGAAUUAUUGUUAUUCCUGGACCCUGACGAUCUCUUCACAGGGCCUGAGUCAGAUAUUGCCAUCUCCCCUAAAUGUCUCAGGGAUGGAAAGUUUUCUACUACUACAGACAAAGAAGACUCCAGUCUGGCUCAGUUAUUGCGAGACACAGAUCCCAGCAUAGCUGGGAACAGUCCUGGCAGAAAUAUCCAACUUGAUCACUCUCCAGGGGUUCAGAGGAGCCAAUACCAACAGAACAAAUUCCUAGAUGGUGGAGGAAACUUUGUCGACCCAAAUAAAGUGCUGCCUGGACACUUCGCUGGCAAAGAUGAGUUGGACAGCAUUGGAAAUGACUCCCAGCUGGCAGACCCGCCCCCCAUACCUGUGCAGGAGCCUGUGGAGCCGCCGCCUCCCCUGCUGGGCACAGAUUCCCAUCACACUUCAGGGCAGGUGAAGCGAGGUCACUCGCCACUCUCUUCACCCACGCUCCACCACAAAAAACUGUGUCCACCUAAAUGUCAACAGCCACAACUAAAAUUUUCUGAACGAUGUCAAGAUGGAGUGAAUAAUCACCUACAAAAUCAACAAAAUGGAGGACUGCGCUUGCUCACUCCACACACCCCGAUUAUGCAACAGUUGUUAAUCAGCAAGGAUCCAAUCACUGUACGUGGAGGACGUUCCCCUGCUGGAGGUACUUCAGCCUCCAGGAAUUUACUUACUGACAAGAGUCACUCAGUGCUUCGGAACCUACUGGUGAGUGGACGUGACGAGUCUGCCGGCUACUCUGUGUCUGCCCCGGCAAGCCCUGCUGGCACUCCUUCAGCAAGCUGCGCCACGUCUCUAGGUCCACAUCCCCUGCGGGAGGAGGCCAAGGGGGUAAAGGAUGUAACUGAAGACAACAGCAUAGUACUAAAGGAUGCCCAUGGAGGGAGCCUUACCUCCUCUCCCACAGCCUUACGUAUUCCCAAAGACAGGAUGGCUACCAUGUUGCUGACCAGUGCUGGAGGCAAGUCAGGAACCUCUCUGUCUUAUCCUACACUGAGAUUAGUAACAGGAGGUCCCACUGGUUUAAAGCAAGCAUUCAAACUGACUUCAAAUUCAAGUAAUCAUUCUGAAGGAUGUGGCAGCCGGUUGGGCCAGCGACAGGAUCCUUUUUUGCUGAUGAGCUCGGACACCAUCCCCACUUUGCUAGAGCUGACCCAGCAAGACUAUGAGGUCAAUGCACCAGCCAACAACAGUCUCCUUCAAGGAGCAGAACUCCUCAUGGCACUGGACCAAAGCAGUGAAGCAGCUUUGCUUGAUGGGAAGUAAUGAUUAUAGAACCUUAAUUCUACAUAAUAUAUGAAUGAUGUGAAAUCAAAAUAUUUUUUUAUCUCAUGUGCUCCUCAUCCACUCCACUGCCUCUGUCUGUGUCUCAGUGUCAGAGAAUAAGCAAAUAUUCUUGUGGUUUAUUUUUCUCAUAAUUGUGUCUCACAAGAUGAUGUUCUUCCUUUUAUCUUUAUCACCAGUUACCCUUCAACCUCUAAAUCUUCAUGGAAUUUUAUAUUCACAAUAAAUUAUAUUUUAUUACUAACACUGUUCAGAGACUGAACAAAUAGUGAUGACAUCAAUGAAGAAUCGAACUAAAAACUAUAUUUUGUAAUAAGUCUUUAAUAUUGUUUUUAUGAGUUCCAGCUCAUUUUAUACUUUUAACCAACUUAUGUAUAUACAUCUAAAGCUAAGAAUGAAUGUUAAUAUAAAUGAAAUGAGUGUGUUCAACAUUAUCAUAUUGAACUUCUUCAGCACAAAUUUGUUAAAUUCUGUAUAAUUAAGUUGUUUCAAGAACCAGAAAAGUAAACUGUAAACUCUGUGAGUGUGUGGAAAAGGUUUUGAUAUUUAUAAUUUAUUAGUAACUAAACUUCAUCAUUUACUUUACAUGUUGGUAUUUGUUUGUUCUAUAUCGUAGAAAAUAAAUUGCCAGUUUAUCAGUUGAGAUCAUUUAUAAAAUAAUGAAAUAGAAUCAAUAUACCAGCAUAUUCUGCAUAGUACUACCUUACUAAUGACUGAUUUAAAUAUUUGAACAAGCUGGAGAACAGAAGUGUAGUUACCUAUCAGUCUUUGUUUUCUUAAGCAAUUUGUUUACAUUUAAAACUGCAACUUGAUCACUCCAUACUGCUUCUCACCUCAACACCUUACAAUGCAAAGUCACUGAAACCAGGAAGUCUGAUGAUGAAACUGCCCUUUUUUGUAUGCUCAAUAUGUGUUAGGGAAUGUGUAAAAUAUCUAAAAAUAUUCCUAAAUAUUGUCAGUAAGAAGUAACUAUGAAUAACUGCAUUAGUAGCUUUCACAAAAAAAUCAUAACCAUAAGAAUACUGGAGUGCUUCGCAAAAUGGGUUGGAUUUUUAUUUAUUUAUUUAUUUACUUUUUUUUUCAUGGCUUCAUUUUCUUCCCUCAGGGACCCAGUUGGGUAUAGUCCUUUAGAUUCUUCAGAGGUCAAUAAUGAUGAUAAUGUUGUCAUAGAAAUCUUCUCAUGACUGACAAUUUUAAGUUCAAUUCCUGUACACUGCCAUAUGUAAAUAUAUGAAUCAAUGUGAUUAGA